AUGGCAUCUCUAGCUCACCGGAUGCGACCGGCAUUCUCCCACUGCCACACGCGUGGACAAAGAUCUCUCACCACCAAUGCUACGGACGCUGCAUCCAAACUUCUCGAAACCUUUGCUGGCAAAGAUGUCACGCGGAAACAAAUACUUGAUUCCAACCAACUGCAACGCCUUAGUUUGACUUUGAAUCGGAAGCAGCUUCAUCCUGGUGUUGAUGUAUGGUCUGACCCACCUGUGCAAGGCACUCCGCUUCCGCCCGGCUAUCACCUUGUUUACUUUACACCGGCGGGUGUCGAAAGCGAAUUGGGUAUGGAUGGCACUGACAAGACGUUCAAUGCGCCAGCGCCGUUUACACGAAGGAUGUGGGCCGGUGGGAAGAUGCAAUUCAUCGAGGGGGCAUCAUUGAAGGUUGGCGAAGAGGUUGAGGAGCGAACGAGGCUUCUUGGUGCUACACCUAAGAAGAGCAGAAGUGGAGAUGAGAUGGUUCUUGUGGACGUUGAGAAGGAGUUCUGGGGGCGUGAUGGGCUUGUUGUCAAGGACCAGAGAUCAUGGAUCUUCCGCCCUGAGGUCAACGUUUCUUUGGCUGCAAAGACUGCGCCGCCACGUCCCGAGAGGGAACCAGCGUUCGGGCCCUCCACAAUCACAGAUGAGAAGGGUUCGGGCGACGCCGUCAUCCGUCACCUUAAAUGGUCACCUGUCGGUCUCUUCCGUUUCUCUGCUCUCACAUUCAACGGCCACAUGAUACACUACAAUGAGCCUUGGACCAAGGAUAUUGAGAGGCAUCCCGAGGUUGUGGUUCACGGUCCUUUGAACUUGAUCAACAUCCUGGACUACUGGAGGGAUAUCUACGGUGGAAACGGAAGAGAGGUGCGGCAGAUUGUUUACAGAGCGUUGUCGCCACUAUAUGCAGGCGACCAGUAUACUAUUCGCACUGCGGCAGUAGAAGAUGACAAGAAGUAUGAGAUUCUGGUUGAGAAGGGUAGCACCGUGUGCAUGAAGAGUGAGAUCAUUGGCAGCUGA